AUGACCUCGAUUUCGCUUGAAGCGGCUAUCCAGCAGUCCGACGACGACGCGUCCAAUUCACACCUCUACAAACUUAUCUCUGCACGCGACUUCAGUGGACCGACUCUUCCUUCCGUUGCAGAAAACUAUCUCGAGACUUUUUGCAAUACCAAUUUGUCCGUCGUACGGCGGCGAUGGAUUGGCAUCGCGCUUGCAGGCAUGCUGGAAAAGCCAAAGGUGGCUGCACACUUUACAAGGUCACACCUAUUACACAACUUGGGUGCCAUCGUCUUGAGCGGUACGGAACAAGAGCAGACUAAGAUUGUCACUGGAAUUAUCAUACGGCAGGCAUUGGAGCAAGGCAUCGAAUACAGUAGCUUCUGGUCAUCGGAGAAGGUCAGACACGGCGCGCCAACUUUUCCGCUCAAAGCCGAUGCGAGAUGGAUGCAUAACUUUCAAAUCUCUCUCGACGCUCUGAGCGAUCUGGCACUCACGAAACCGACUAGUGAGCCAUCAAUCACGUACUUAGUCUCGCUCCUCGCCUCGGAUGAAUUCAGAUGGCGGGAGUCAACCACCGCUUUCCCUGUUGCCCUUAUCGAGGGCGAAGUGAUGACCAUCAUCGCGCCUGACGAGUACCUCAAAGAGUGCCAUUUUGUAGAGAUACCAAUCGAGCACAUCUUGAGCACACGUUUAGAGCCAUCGACACUGCACGAUUCGCAGACACAACAUACAGAGCACGAACCGUGGGACCUCAUCAUGACACUCAAAUCAAACCCAUGGAGCUACCGUCUGAACUCCGCCCAACGCGUCGCGACUGACAUGUCGCUGAUGUUCAAACAUUCGGAGGACGCGUUAGAGUGGGAGAGUUGCAUUAAAGCUCAUAAGAAACUGCAUACGCACCACCCGAAUACGUCUCGUAACUUGCCUGUUGAUGCGAGCUCGCCUUCUAUCCGAUGUUCAAACGUAAGACGGUCGCUCCGAAGUGGCUCCCAGCCGCGUCGAACGGAGCACGCCACUACCAAGAAAAGCAGCGAUUCAAUUUCUCUGCGAUCGCGUGCACGAACUCCUCGAGCUGGUUCGCAGGCACUUCAAGAACUCCAGCCACAGCAUCAAUCGACAACAUCGAAACGCACAACACACACCAAAGGGAAGUUACCUCGUGUAUCUCAGGCCGCAAAACACAAGAUUUUCAAGAAGCUCAACGCAGAAGCUGAUGCGGAAUCUAAGGACUUCGACAUAGAUAUAGAAGAUGCUCACACAGAUGCUUCAGGUACUCCAAGUGUUACUUCAUCACCGCGAAAGAAAUCGCAGGGCUCAAAGGCUGCCCCAGGCAAGAAAGCAACCGAGAGCAAGUCGAGGGCACGCAUAUCGCACAUCAAACACACGACAGAUGACGACGAAGACUUCAUACCAACUCAGACAAAGUCAAAGAAGAAGACCAAUCCCAAACGUAAAGCAGCACCAGACACUACGGCUGAGAGCAAACCGACAAAGAGGCCUCACAUACAGCCGAGUAAAGGUGUGAAGUCGAAUGCAACCGGUCCAAAACAGCAGGGUCAAACAAAUCCGCUUACGGAGCCACCGAAGUCAUUAUCGCCCGUCUUGCCAUUGCAGCACACCUUGAUCGGAGGGCUCCUGGGAAGUCAAAGACCCACAAACGUCUCUGAUCUCUCAUUCAAGAAGCCAACACUACCAGCAAGAAUUGCCCAAACUCCUUCGACCCCUACGAAGCCAAACAAGAAGCUCGUAGAAGCACUAUCACGGCCAAAAACCCCCAUGGAAGCACGAAGGCGUUUUGAUGACGAUGCUUUGCAGUACAUGGCAUCCUCACCACCACCCGUAGCCGACGAAUUCGAAGACAGCAACGAAUGGCACGAGGUUCUUGUUGAGACCGCAAUACUCUCUAGCAACAGCAAGCCUACCCCCGCGUCACCAAAUGCGGAAUCGACAGCGAUUUCUGGCCACGCGGAUUGCAACGACGUAGCUUCCGAGAAGAAGACUGGUGACUGGCAGACGGCCAAAAGCGAUCCUUUCAGCCGGAGGUCCGCUGGCAAGAAGGCUACAUCGUUCAUACGCCGUCUGACUGGUGAAGAAUCGACGAACGAAGAUGCUAGCCUGAACGCUGGCGUUUCAGACCGCAUGCCUGUCGCAAUCGUAAAUUCUAGCACAUCAAAAGCCGAAGCUUCAAUAGCAGCGAAUCAGCCACAUCCACAGAAGAUGCCUCGGGAAAAGAAGAAGCCAUAUCUUCCUGAGAUUGAUGCGAACAACUCGUGCACGCUUCCUAAAAAUCCAAGUCCCCGCACAUUCACAAAAGACGUCGAUGUUAUAUCGCAACAGAUUCCAGAUAUCAGGAACCGGGCGAAGCGGUCAUCUCGUCCGGUGCCAAAUACGAAGACGCAGCAAAAACUUGAACUAGUCCUUCAACAAGAUAACAGCGAUGUAGGCGAGUACACAGAGCAUUGCGACAUGCCAAAUGCGUCCACAACGCUGUCUAAAGAGACGAAAAUAACGCCAUCACUGCUUCGUAAUGAAAUUGCCGCAGAAAACGAUGUCACUCAACCGAUUUUGGUCCCCGACCAGCAAAUUGUCGACUUUACUCAGCCAACUAUUCGAGCUGGUCAGCAACCCACUGACGUCCUGCGAAACUCGAUUGAGGAGACUCAGCAAGCCAUGAAAUACCCGCAGCAGAUCACUGAGAAGAAUCAGCAAGUGAUGAUACUCGUCGGCGAUGGCGAUGGCGAUGGCGAUCAGCAGGCUGACAAUGAACUCAUCGCUUCACCAGUAAACUUUCGCUCCUCCCCGCCACGCCCAGGCUCCUCUAGUAGUCAUAGCUCAACGUCCGCUGCGCCCGAGCCAUUGACUGAUCCACCCCUACCACGCUCGCAAGCUGAAGAGAUGGAGUGGGAAGCGAGUCUGCAGCCGCAUCAACGCGAUCUACAUGAACUGAUGAUACGUACUUCAAAGCGGGUCAUGCGACACAUCACUGACAACGAGGCUAGUGUGACUGACAUUGCGGAGACGUACGCGCAGGAUGGCGAGCAUGUACUCAACACUCUGCUUCAGCUACACAAAACCGACCAUGCGCACGUCUUCCAAGGCAUGGAGAGCACAAAGGCAAGUCUUCGGAAAAACCUCGAACGUGCUGCCAAACAAAUGGCAAAGGAGAGAAGACAGGUCAACACAAUUGCCUGA